AUACUUAACAAAAUUAUUAUUAUUAUUCAAUUAUACACUGUAAACACUGUACACUUUAUUGUGAAAAUUAGAAAACUAUACGCGAUAGUGCCGAACGCUUAUCUUCAUAUCUUUUGCGCAUACAAGUUGAUUUUUUAAGGGAACAUUAACAACUGCCAUCGCCAUUGCUAUCGCUGAUAUCCACAACAACCGCAACCCUAACUAGAACAUUAGCGCGUUGCUAAUAGACACGCGGCUAGAGGAGGAGCGCGGGAGUGGGACGAGUGGGACGCACGAAAGGGCAGAAAUCGGAGGACUUGCUCUGCACCUGUCUCAGAAUACGCGCAGCUCCGUGGGGUGCUUUCGAAUCGGACAGUUUUCGGCAGGGCUAUAGAGAGCUCUAACAAACUCCAGCAGCAACAUGAAGGACGACGAUGGCGCUGAGAAAAAGGAUGAUGAAAACACCAAACCAUUUUUGGAGGAAAUUAUAUAUCCGGAUAUUGAACCGGGCAUCAUUAGCCGAGCCAUGAUAGAGAACUCCUACCUAGAGGAAGGUCAUCACGGCGAAGCAUUGCGCCUGCACCAAUUGGAGCCAGUUGUUUUGGAGAAUAUCAAGACUAUGCGCCUGGAGUUUAAAAACAUUCUCCGCAUCGAUCACUUGUGGAUAUUGCCCAAUUUGACGAAGCUUUGCCUUAAUUGCAACAAAAUUGAAGUAAUCGAACAUCUUGAAAUGCUAACGGCGUUAAAAGAAUUAAAUUUAAGUUUCAAUUACAUUGAGAAAAUUGCGAAUCUUGAGACGCUCGUUAAUUUGGAGACUCUGUCGCUUUUCAGCAAUCGCAUUACAAAAAUUGAGAAUUUGGAAAUGCUGGAGAAACUAGUCAUCUUGAGUAUCGGCAAUAAUCUAAUUGAAUCCGUAGAAGGGAUCGACAGUUUUCGGUUUUUGGACAAUUUAAAAGUACUUAACCUGGAGGGUAAUCCUAUAGCCACAAAACCAGACUUUUCACUUUCACAAUAUUGUAUUGCUAUAUUACCGAAAUUAAACUACUAUGAAUAUGUUUUUAUCAAGGACGAAGUGCGCGAGGAGGCGAAGGAGCGAUACUAUCGAGAGGUGCGCGAAAUCGAGGACAAGCAGGAGAAGGACAUUCAAGCACGAGAACUACAAGCUCGGGAAAAGGCUGAAGCCGAGCGCUUAUCUUCCAGUUUCGUUGAACACUUGGAUGGACAUCAGCUAUACGAAUCUCUUUGGAAGGGAGACGAGGAUGGGCGUGUUUUAAUGCUAGUGGGCUCACAAGCACAUGAAUUGGCCGAGGAGUACGAUAAGGAUAUGUUUGAGUUGACACAGGAAAUUUAUAAAUUGGGACUCGACAGUUUCGGUGAACGUGACGAAGAGGUGCGGGACUUUAUGGCCAACCUAAAAGAUGGACAAGCGGAGUUACAGGUCAUGGGUCAAAAGGUAAUUGAAGGAUUUUUGGCAUACAAAGAGAACGUAUUCGAAGAAGCACGCAUAACGUUACGCCAAUUGGAAUCAAAUAUGUUGGAGGGUGAAGACGAGGACUCCCCCGAAAACGUAAAAUUGUCCGAAACUAUGGAGAAAAUAAAUUUCCACUUUGACGAAACUAUGAAUACAAUGUGGCAAACAUUAAUGGAACAAGAAUUGCAUUUGCACGAGGCAGUAGAGGAGUCCACCACCAAUUUUCAUCGCAAAAUGACCGAACUAAUGUCAAAGUUCGUAGAACAGGCCCAAUCAUAUUUCGUGCAGUUGCGAGAAAUUUCAGUUCAUUUUUCAGAAAACCUUUCCGAAAUUGUAUCACGCUAUAUUGCCACUAAGUUAGCGAUGCAGGAUUUUGAUGACGUGCCACAGGAACUGCACGUUUGCAUGGAUGAUCGCGAUGCCAUACUGAAUUUAAUUGCAGGCAUGAAAGAUACCCACACGCUACGCAUUGAUGAGCGUGAGGAUCGCAUGGCAACGCGCAGUAAAGAAUUCAUUGAUGACAUGAUCGAAAAGUUGAACAACGAGGAAAUCGAACGACAUCGUGCUAAAAUAUUGGAAAUUAACUCAUUUAUUGAGAUGAUGACGGACGCCCUGGCAGCACUGCCCCAUGAGAUACGAGAACAGUUGAUAGCUGAGGAAUAUUUCUGAAGACUUAAGGAAGUAAAAGACCCCAAAAGUAUGCAACAAUUCGUUGUGUUAAUCAUCAGCCUUUCCGGAAAUUUAAUUAAAAAUGUAUAUGUUGCGAGAGCACAUUAUUAAAAGCAUUACAACGACCUUAAAACCCAUCAUUAUAAACAAAA